AUGUCCGACAGUCGCUAUGGCUCUCAAGAUGAGGGGGGAAAGCCUCAAGUGACAAAUAUGAGCGUCGCAAACUCCAACAUUGUCGUAGUUGGUGGCGGUAUCGUCGGUGCCUCCAUCGCUUGGCAUCUCUCCUCCGAGACAAACGUGACCCUCAUCGCGGAAGAUAUCGGAGGCGUAGCCACUCCCAAUUCAUUCGCUUGGCUUAACGCCGCUUCGUCGGAUAAGAAGUUUUACUACGACUUUCGACUUCGGUCUCUUCAGCAUUGGAGAGAGAUUGAGAAAGCUGUUGAUAACUUACCCAUUCAUUGGGGAGGUACAACGAGCUGGGAUAAAUCGCCUGAAGAGCUUGAGGAGGAGCAAAAGAACCUGACUGCUUGGGGAUAUGAUGUUAUCCGAGUUGAUAAGGCGGAAAUAUCGAAGCGGGAGCCUCAUAUUGAAGAGGCGAAACUUCCGGAAUGGGGUCUUGGUUAUGAUCAAGAGGGAGCUCUGGAAGCUGACAAGGCGGCUGAGCUAUUGAUUAACCUCGCAAAAGACAACGGCGCCAAGGUUCUCGAGACUAAAGUCAUAGGUUUCACCAAGACCGAUGGCCAUAUUAGCGGCGUUACUCUGUCGUCCGGCCAAACUAUCCCCGCAGACCAUGUCGUCGUAGCCGCAGGUCUAGGAAGCGUCUCUCUCCUCGCAUCUCAAAACAUCCCCCUCCCACUCAAAAGCACAGCCGGUCUUCUCGUCAACACGAAACCCAACUCUAAAAGACAUAUCAACGGUGUAAUCAACGCCCCCGAACUGCACAUCCGCCAAACCCUCGAAGGAGCUCUGCUUUUCGGCUCAAGCUACGCCGGCGGAGAUCUAGGCGAUGAUCCAGAAAAGACAGCCCGUGAACUCUUCGCCAAACUUCAAAAAUCAGUCGUCGGGGGGGAUAAGCUUGAGUUUAGUCACUACACUAUUGGGCAUCGCGUAUUGCCAGAAGACGGACUGCCGAUUCUUGGAGAGACGGGAUUGGAUGGCCUGAGUGUCGCUGUGAUGCAUUCUGGGGUUACGAAUGGGGCUCUUGUAGGAAAAUUGCUGAGCAGGCAGAUUCUCACUGGGGAGACGGAUCCUAUCCUGGAGAAUUUCCGACUAGAUCGUUUUGCAUAA